CAAAAAUUAGACAAAAAAAAUUACAAAAUGCUAAAAAUGAUAAAAUAAAAUUGAGUCAAAAAUUUGUUAACCGAUCAGUUAAAAAACGCCAAAGAAUUCUCCAAAAAAAGACACCAAGGAAACUGAGAUAA